CACGCGCACCUGGCCUACCACGAUCCGACGGAAGCGCAACAAGUGCCUGUUGCACAUCUUGGUGGUGAUCUCCCGUGGAAAGUGUCGUUGGAGCUUGUCGGGGUGCACUUCAUCAAGACGAAUUGGUCCAUUGGUUCGGUUGCGGGCGAUACUGUGCGCUAGAGGCUUUGAAUCGACUUAAACUUGUGCGAAUGACAUCGGUGCUAGUUGAAAGUUUGAAUAUACGGCACGUUUCAGUUCGUUCCUCAAACGGAGAAUCCCCGAGAGACUUGCAUGUGUGACGAUCGAGCUGAUGAGUCGAUGAUGAAGUGAUAACAUUAAAGACAAGUGGUGUAUGUAAGAGGGAUUAUUUGUAAGAUGGCUUCUGACGAUGAUUGUAACAGCACGUAUCCAUUUCAGAUCAUGGAAGACACGACGCCCUCACCGACGACGAACAACCACUACUCAACCUGCCUGUCCCCCUCCAACACUCCCUCCCCCCUGCUCCCGCCCCACUACCGCUACGAGUACCAGGAGGAGAUGAUCCCCGCUUCCCAGGUGCUCCCCCAGGUCCUGCCGAAGUCCCAGGACAUCUGGGGCGGCAUGCCUGAGGCGGUGUACGAUUACAGACAGUUCGACGGUAGCAGAUACGGUGGUAACGAGUACAUCAGGCCCAGCUACUCGGAGACGAUGCCGGUGUACACGCAAAGGACUAAUUUCGUGCCUAAGAUAGGGGGACAGGGACAGAAGGUGACCAAGGAGGCGAGGAUAAGGAGGCCCAUGAACGCGUUCAUGGUGUGGGCCAAGGUGGAGAGGAAGAAGCUGGCGGACGAGAAUCCCGAUCUUCACAACGCUGAUCUUAGUAAAAUGUUGGGCAAGAAGUGGCGCUCCCUCACACCCCAAGACAGACGUCCCUUCGUGGAGGAAGCCGAACGCCUUCGAGUUAUCCACAUGACUGAACACCCCAACUACAAGUACCGACCACGACGACGGAAACACAACAAGCAACGCGCCACUUCCGGCCCCGGCCCCCGUGUCGGCACAUCACUACCCAGCCCUAGCCUGCCCAACAUGUCCCCCAGGUACUCCGGCUACAUCCCCAACGCCAGCGUGUCGCCCAACAUCCAACAACAAGCCAGUUUUAGUUCGAUGGAAUUCCCCAGUCCUGGAGGCAGCGUGGACUUUACAGAUAAAAGAUACAGUCCCGACAAUUUCAAGUUCAACAGUCAGUUUGGGUACGUGGGGUACCAGAACUUCCCCCAGAAGAGCCCGUAUUCCAUACACACCCCUGAAACAUCCCCAACGCAAAGUCCCGAACCCAAAAACGGCAGCAAACCUCCUAGGAGCCCGUCAGAUAACAAGGAUGGCACUAGGGAGAAAAACUCAGCCUUGCCCACACCAGAACUGUCACCUCUGGGUCACGACAAGGACCAGUACCAGCACUACGAAGACAAGCAGAGAGUAUCGAAUAUACAACACACGGGGAACGUAUCGGGAACUAUGACAAGCACCAAUAUGAGCCCGGCUCAGCAGAGCUACAACACGAGGGUGCAAAACUACAGACAACCCAACACCAAUUACACCAAUACUCAACCCAUAACCUCCGUACCCAUGGCUAACGGAAUGUACGUGAUGUGCGCGAACAAGAGCAGCGUGGAACAAGGCCACCUGGUCACCGGAACGUUCUACCCACCCGUAGCCACGUCCCAGGACCAACAACUCCUGGGUAGCACCCACAACAAUCUCAGCACCGUCGCGUCCAACUCGGCUGGCGGUUUGCACUACUACAGUACAAACAUGCAACCGUACUACAGCAAAGACUACUCCCCCUACGAACAACACCAAGACCCAAACAAAGACACCUUCCUGGGGUACCAACCCAUGAAAGCGAUGGAGAAGACGGAAUACAUCCACGCGUACAAAUCUAGCCCGAUGGAAGAGGCCUACCAAGACUACGCCACGCAGGACAACAGCCAGCUGGUCCAGACCUACAUCCCUACAAACGACGAACGGAGCGACGUAGACAGCGACGUCGACACCAGAGAGUUUGACAAAUACCUGAAGUUCAGCAACACAGAGUCCAAUGUCAUCGACUCGAAUCACAACUAUCACAGGAACGACGGGGUGAACUCCAAUCUGACGUACAACUUCCAAGCUCAGCAAGCGUCUGUGAUCCUGCCCAACACCAAUGUGAAACCGGAACCGUACAUAGGACACUGCCCGGAAGUGUACGACCUGGCGACGAACGGGGUGCAAAAGAACGAGGACGAUUUUAGUGAAAUAUUGGCGGGCGUGAGGAAGACCUGCUUCAGCACGUGAUUGUUGGUAGUUGAGUUUCCCAGUGCAAUAAAGGCGUUGUCGGUGCGAUACACUGAAGUAAACUAGUAACUCUAGUAUUUAUCAUAAACGUUAAAAUAAACCAAAUAUAGUGGAAGUUUAUAGCGUUUUAUUUUGACAAAGUGUCUCCAAUGACGAACAUAUCUACUAUGCUAUUAGAAAAAUGAGAAAAUUACUGAACUGACAUGGAAAUACAGGGUAAUUACUAAAUCGAGGCGCUUGGUGAUUUGACUUUGGCUUUGGAAAAUCAAGAAGGGCUUAAUUUAAAAUCAAUGUGCGAAAAGCCAUACAAAAUUAAUUCGUUUCAUCAUUUGAUUGGAUACAAAAUCAUAUACAUAUCGACGCUUUAGUACGAAAACAUGCUGUCUCAGAUUUCGGUUGGAAAAC